AUGGCACCUCCUUUGGAUCCAAACAGUCGAUUACCAGAUAAUUUGAAAAUGACAGAUCGCGGCGAAGAUUUCAUCUUAUACGAGGACGACAAAAUGAUCAUUUUCACGACGAAAACCAAUUUAUCCGUGUUGAAAAGUUUCAAACAUUGGUUCGCUGAUGGCACGUUCAAAGUGUGUCCGGACGAUUUUUACCAAUUAUUCACGUUACACGCGUUAAUGACGCCGCUCAUGAUUCCACUCGUUUAUGGUCUAUUGAUCGACAAAAGUGCUGCCGAUUAUAACAAGUUUUUCGAAAAAAUUCUCGACGAGGACAAUUUCGAUCCGGAAUCAAUCUUGACAGAUUUCGAAACAGGUACAAUUAAAUUGAUUAAAGAAAUGUUCCCCAAUGUGUUACACAAAGGAUGUCUGUUCCACUUCGGUCAAUGCGUUUGGCGUCAAAUCCAAACAAGGGGCUUAUCCACGAAAUAUAAAGAUGAUGAGGAUUUUUGCUGGAGUGUGAAAAAUUUUCUUGCCCUAGCCUUUCUUCCACUUGUCAAAGGGUUGGAUUUGGUUGCUGGAGAAUUCGACGACGAUGCUGAUGGUUUUGUCGAAUAUUUCGAAAAAGUGUGGAUCGAGGAUAGGAAAAAAAGAGGAAACGGACGAACGAAGCCACAGUUUGAGCACGACUUAUGGAAUGUUUAUGAACGUGUCGUAAAUGACGUUCCUCACCCGAUCAAUUCGAUUGAAGGUUGGCGCAGUGCAUUUGCUACUCGUGUGUCGAUCACUCAUCCCGCGAUCGCCAAAUUAGCCGAAGAAAGCGUGCUACAGAAAGCUUGA